GCCAUCGAGAUCUGCGAGGCCAUGGAGAGCCUGCACGCUCAGAACGUGGUCGCGAUGGACCUGAAGCCUCAGAACAUCCUGUGGGAGAAGAGCAGCGACGGAGUCUUCGUCAGCGAUCUCGGCACCUCCCGCCAGAUGGACUUCAAGUGCAAGAGCUUCAGCCCGGGGCAGGUGAUGGGAACCCCAAACUACAUCUCCCCCGAAGCCUGGAGCCCCCCGGCAGGAGGAGUGACGACCAAGACGGAUGUGUGGAGCUUCGGCUGCACUCUGCUGGAGAUGAGCACGGGGAGGAUGCCAUGGGAGACGAUGAAGAUCGGGGAGAUCAUGCGAGCUGUGUGCGAAGAGAACAAGACCCCUGACGUCUCCUCCGCACCCCCCGCGUUUCAUCCUGUGCUGAUGGGCUGCUUCAUGCGAAACCCGGUUGAGAGGCCGAGCUUUGGGCAGCUCGCCGACUCGUUGAGGGGCGUCAUGCAGGAGCUAGAGAAGCAGGAGAAUUCUUACUUCGCCACAGCAGCAAAGAUUGCCCGAGGGGCGUUGAGCGCGGGUGCUGCCGGUCGAGGCUCGGAAACACCAGGGGAGGGUCAAUCAAGCUCGCUCUUUACCAUGAAAGCGAUGGACUUCGCCAUGACGGGAGCGAUUGUUGCUGCCCAGGCGUCGGUCAUCAAGGAGCAGACGGGGAGGCUGAAGAGCACGAUAACUGCCUCGUCCUUCGUGAAGGACUUGAAGAAGAAGGGGGCGAACAUGGUGGCAGAAACUAUCACAGAGAGACUCAAGUCCAAGAGCAGUCAGUACCAGGACCGCGUGUGCCAGAAGUUGAAGGAGACGAUGUUGAAUGCAGCGGACAAGCUGGAGGAAUAC